AUGCACGUCUUCGUUACUGGAGCCACCGGCUUCGUCGGCAGAGCAGUCGUCGACGAGCUCCUAACCGCCGGCCACACGGUUACAGGCCUCGCUCGCUCCGACGAAGCCGCGGCAUCCCUAAUAGCGAAAGGCGUCAAGGUACUCCGCGGUUCCUUCCGCGACGCCGAGAUCAUCAAGCAAGGAGCAAGCGAGGCCGAUGGCGUGAUCAACCUUGCAUUCGACCACGACUUCAGCAAGUAUAUUCAGAACUGCCUCGACGAAAAAGCAACCAUCGAAACUCUAGGCUCAGUUCUGAUCGGGACCAACAAGCCUCUCAUCACCACUUCUGGCACCUUUGGGCUGUCCAAGGGUAGUGAACCCAGCACCGAAGACGAAAUCAUCGAUUACGAACAAUCGAUGAGCAUCCGCUCUCGUAAUGAGAAGGUUGUUUCCCGUCUUGCUGAGCAGGACGUGCGUGCUUGUGUCAUCCGUCUGCCGCCGACUGUACACGGCGAGGAGGAUCACGCCUUCAUCGAUAGACUCGUUGCUCUGGCCCAUUCGCAGGGUAAUGCAAUUUACCUCGAUGAGGGAUUGAAUCGCUGGCCUGCUGUUCAUCGUCAUGACGCUGCUCGGCUCUACCGACUUGCCCUAGAGAAGGGUGUUGCUGGAAGCAAGUACCGUGCUGUGGGCGAGGAGGGUGUUCGCCUGAAAGAUAUUGCUGAAGCUAUUGGUCAAAAUCUAGGUCUUCCAGCCGUUUCUAAGUCCCUCGAAGAAAUGGGGAAGCUUGACGGCUUCACACCUACCGCCGGGACUCUUGACGGCUUCAUCUCUAUGGUUAUGGGCCUCGAUAACCCGGUUUCAAGCAAGAAGACCCAGGAACUCCUUGGUUGGGAGCCGGUUGGCCCGAAGCUGUUGGAUGAUAUCAAGGCCGGUGUUUAUGCCCCAAAGUGA